UAACAUUCGACAUUCGAUAUAGAAAAGUUUCGGCAGCCGGGUUGCGCUGCUUUUUCUGCAUUAAUUUGGUGGGAAUUUAAAAGAAUAAAAGUAUAUUUUAUUUAACUUUGUUGCAAAGAGGAGGUCGUCGUUCUUGUGAACAAACUCUGAAAAGCGCAAGAAGGAGCAACUGCAGAAGGGAAUCAAGAGCCGCAACAUGCAAUCUCAUAGCAAAAAACGCGUUUGUUACUAUUAUGACAGUGAUAUUGGCAACUACUAUUAUGGCCAGGGACACCCCAUGAAGCCCCAUCGCAUACGUAUGACUCAUAAUUUGCUUUUAAAUUAUGGUCUAUAUAGAAAAAUGGAGAUUUACCGCCCUCAUAAGGCCACCGCCGAUGAGAUGACCAAAUUCCAUUCAGAUGAGUAUGUACGAUUCCUACGUUCCAUACGUCCCGAUAAUAUGACGGAAUACAACAAGCAAAUGCAACGUUUCAAUGUGGGUGAGGAUUGCCCCGUUUUCGAUGGACUGUAUGAGUUCUGUCAGCUUUCGGCUGGUGGAUCGGUGGCAGCUGCUGUCAAACUGAAUAAGCAGGCCUCUGAGAUUUGUAUCAACUGGGGUGGAGGACUCCAUCAUGCCAAAAAGUCGGAGGCAUCUGGCUUUUGCUAUGUAAACGAUAUCGUCUUGGGUAUAUUGGAGCUACUAAAGUACCAUCAACGCGUCCUCUAUAUCGACAUCGACGUCCACCAUGGCGACGGGGUGGAGGAGGCCUUUUACACCACGGAUCGUGUGAUGACAGUCAGUUUCCACAAGUAUGGAGAAUAUUUCCCUGGAACCGGGGACCUACGCGACAUUGGUGCCGGCAAGGGAAAGUACUAUGCCGUGAAUAUACCUCUAAGGGAUGGCAUGGACGACGAGGCCUACGAGAGUAUUUUCGUGCCUAUUAUAUCGAAGGUAAUGGAGACUUUCCAACCAGCCGCGGUCGUUUUACAGUGUGGCGCCGACUCGCUGACUGGAGAUCGUUUGGGAUGCUUUAAUCUCACUGUAAAGGGUCAUGGCAAGUGCGUGGAGUUCGUAAAGAAGUACAAUUUACCCUUCCUAAUGGUCGGUGGCGGUGGCUACACCAUACGCAACGUGUCCCGCUGCUGGACCUAUGAAACAUCCGUUGCUCUGGCUGUGGAAAUAGCCAAUGAAUUGCCGUACAACGAUUACUUUGAGUACUUUGGUCCCGACUUCAAAUUGCACAUCAGUCCUAGUAAUAUGACUAACCAGAAUACCUCCGAGUAUCUGGAGAAGAUCAAGAAUCGUCUGUUCGAGAAUCUACGUAUGCUGCCACAUGCUCCAGGCGUCCAGAUUCAAGCGAUACCUGAAGAUGCCAUCAACGAUGAGUCCGAGGAUGACGACAAGGUCGACAAGGAUGAGCGUUUGCCGCAGAGUGACAAAGACAAGCGCAUUGUUCCAGAGAAUGAGUACUCUGACUCGGAAGACGAGGGGGAGGGCGGACGACGCGAUAAUCGCUCGUACAAGGGUCAAAGGAAACGGCCAAGACUGGACAAGGAUAACAAUAGCAGUAAUAAAACCUCGUCGGAGACCUCCAGUGAAGUCAAAGACGACAAGGAUAAGGCUGAUGCAGCCGAAGGCGAGGAUUCACCUGGCUCGAAUAACAAUUCCACUUCUCAGAACAGCAGCGCGGGAGGCGGCAAUAGCACUUCCAACAAUAACAAAACCGGCGACAACGAUUCAUCAGCCACGGGCGGAGCUGCAGCUGGGGGCAACUCAUCGAGCACUAAGGGCGCCAAGGAGAACAACAUAUGACGUGGCGGCCGCAAUUGGUUAUAGAAGCCAAUUAAACGUCCGCCCAAGUACAAGCCGCCAGAUUUUACCUAGCGUCUAACCUAAAUCCUCUGCCCCACCCAACACCACCACCACUUUCCGUUGAGACGCCAAGCUCUCCAAGGUUCGCGCUCCCAUUCCGAAAACAUAAGUCCGAAAUCCGAGCCCACACUCGGUCCUUUCUUUCCGUUGUCGGUCCCCUUAACCGCCCAGAGGCGGUGGUGCGCAUUUACUCAUCCGUAUCCAUAAGGAAAGUCUAAUCAAUCAUUCAUUCAAUUCUUCUUAUGUAUGUGUAAGUCGAAACGUGUUUAAGCUAAGCAACCAAGAUACCAUAGGGCUAUCGAUUUAUAUAUAUGUCAUAUAAGAAAUCCGUUAAUUCUAUCAUUAACAAUUAAUUUAUUCCAAGUAAACAUUUAUAAUAAAUAUUGCCCGUGUAAAUGUACAACAAAACAA